GAGAAACGAUAGACAGUGGUAUUCGGCUACGACAGAUGGGAAAAAAUCGGCGCGACUGAGAACCUGCGAGAACCGCGUAUCUGCAAUAACGAGAGAAUGGCGUGUCUGAAGAUCUAUAUCGUUCUGCUUUUGGCCGUUGCAAUCGGUGUGGCAGUUGCGAAACCGGGAUACUUGGGUGGAUACGGAUACGGCUUCUAUCCGUACUCCUACGGUUACAAGUUUCCAUUCUAUGGCGGCUACGGCCAUGGAUACGGCCAUGGUGGAUACGGCCACGGAUACGGACACGGAUACGGCCAUGGUUAUGGAUACGGUAGGAAUUAUGGAUAUCCAUACUACGGCUAUGGCUACGGCCAUCACGGCUAUUAUUAAAGUAAACUCGGAGCAACAUACUUCCUCUGGAUUUUCUGGACCGCUGUCCGAAGCGUAAGCCUACAAUUACUUAAACAUAACUUACGUCGCGCUUUCUCCCUACUAUGUAUUUUUAUCGCUAACAUUGAACCCUGCCAAAUGAUCUGCUGGUUGAUCCUCCGAGGGACGCUUCUCUAUGUGACGUUCACAUCGGAGCGGAUAAGUGCGCGAAAUUUUCAUGUGUUCAGGACGAAACUUCCGAAAGAUACGAUCUCGAAGAAAAAUAAAUAAAAAAGGACACCAUCAUAGAAGAUUAUGCAACGCACAAUGUUCGUAUGUUACAAAUACAUUUCGAAUAUAAAUAUGUCAGGAAAAAUAAA